GAAGCUCGGUGCAGAGUAUCGGCAGAUCCUCAAGAACAGUCAAGUUGAGACAGCCUUCUGGGUCACCAACACCAGAAAUAUCACAUUGAUUUUUGGGAAGUACUUGGAGCCGUCUGAAGGCAUGGACUUUCUCCUCACUGCUAUCGACGGCAUGAGAGACUCCAGCGUCCAUGACGCAGUGACGGCCAGGAACAUGCUGCAUACGAUCCUGGAGGUUCCCGGCCUCCGCUGGUGGAGGAUGUCAGAGGCUGUGAGGAGCAUUCAUAAGCACCUGGACUCCAUCAGCGAGCCACUUGCCCGGCAGGAGCUGCGCAGGGCCCUUCUCCUGCUGGGCUACCGGUUCAGCGAGGAGGUGGUCGGAACCCUGCUGGGCUGCUCACGGUCAUGUGACAGUGUUGCUGCGGAGAUGUGGAAGAUGCUGACAUCCCAGCCCAACACCUCAAGAAAGAUCCUUGGGGAGCUGGUCAGCAGGCUGCAGGAGCCGGCUCGGCGACGGUAUCAGCUCUCUGAGAGACCGGCUGGCUUCCCCCCCUUGGCCCUGCAGGCCACAAGAGCCCUGUAUGUGAUCCUGCAGGAGCAGGCCUGCAGGCAGGAGGUGAAGGAGCUCUUCCCUCAGCUCUACGUCGCGCUGCUCUUCCACGUCACCCACACAGUGCAGCACACUGCUUCGCAGGAGAGGGAGCAUAACCAGGAGGACACGGCCGCACCCCUCAGCCCCGUCAGGUUCGCGGUGAAGGCCAUGGAAGCUUUGCUUCUAUGCGCUGGCUACAAGGAGCAGGUCACCUUCAUGAUGAAGCAGGGCGGCUGGGACCUGCUCAUGAGCUCUGACACGCACCACAAAGGUGUCUGCCUGCUUGCCCGGUGAGUGCUGCCCAGAACC